UCUCCGCUUCUUCCAUAUUCACAGAAUAAUCUGAUGAUUUUAACAAACAACAAGGAGUUUCCAAUGUAUGAGGAAGCCUUUAAGUGGAAUGCUCAAUUGGAUGAAGAUGACCUUCAAGUGAAGUACCAGGUACACAAUCUUCUAUGCGACGUUAGGGAGCUUGAAGAAAAACUCUCUGAUACGGAGAAGACGUGUGAAACUCUGAAGCAGGAGAAAGAACAAGAACAGAAGGCUCACCAUAACCUAAAGAUCCAGCAUGGAGCAUUGAUAAUAGAUUGCAUCAAGAUGCUAAUUAAAGCCCAUGGGAUUGACACAGUGAGGCAUAUGGCAUUGUGAACCACAGAGAAUUACCAGGACUAUGUUUAACACUUGAAUAUUCCCUUAUGGGUGUGCAAAUAUGCCAAGACUUAUA